CAGCCCAUGCCUAAGCGGCUAAGCCUCAGAGCUAUGCCCGCUUGAGCUGAAGUGAAGACUGAACAGAAGAGCUGCUUCUGUUCUGAACCUCGUCGUCUUUCUCUUGCACCUUCAGCCUCUCAGAAAUUCCGAACCGAUCGCAUACGUCAACCAAUCGGGUUUGGAUCUGUGAGCAAUUCAGAUGGCGACGGGAAACGAUGUCGUAGAGAUUGAUAGCUUGGAGAAAGGGUUACUGUCAGAAACUGCAACCGAGGCUGAAGCUGAAGAAGCAGUUCUGUAUUCAGCUUCGUUUCAGGAAAUGGAGGAGAAUUUUGUCAAGUACCAAACAGCACAAUGGCUUCUUUACUCUGCGCUUUUGAUACUGGCGUGGGGGAUUGGGAUUUUUAUGCUGCUUUAUCUGCCCGUCCGGCGCCACAUUCUGCGAAAGGAUAUUCGUUCGCGGAAGCUCUAUCUCACUCCCAAUGCCAUUGUCUACAAGUAUGCAAAGCCAGUUCCAUUUCCAAUUUUCGGGGUGUUGAAGAAAGAGAAGCAUGUUUUGUUGCCUUCAGUGGCGGAUGUUGUGAUCGAGCAAGGAUAUCUGCAGUCUCUCUUCGGUGUCUACUCACUUAGAAUAGAGCAUGUUGGUGUCAGAAGGCCGCCAAGCGAUGAUGUUCAAAUUCAUGGCAUUGCAAAUCCCAGUGCUUUCAGGAAGGCGGUCCUCAUGCGCCUUGCAAGCAUGACAAAUGAGGUCUUCACUAGACAAGUUUCCACACUCGAAGAUAUUCCAAAUUUGAAGCUUCAGGGGUCCCCGUCAAAGUCUCUCAGGUAUGGGGAUCUAACGCUACUGCAGAAACUUGAGGAAGUAGGAAGUUCUGUAAAGAGGGUUCAAACUAUACUCGAGGAACAACACCCUCAAACGCUAGAACCUAUAGGUGGAAGCGCGCGAAGAGUGUUAAAUUUUGUAUGAUGCAGGAUACGCACUACGCAGGACGUUGGAAAUUUCAUGACAGGCUUUUGCUCGUACAACUUGCACACGGAUACCGUGUUGCUUCUAUCACCUAUUUCGUCGGACAAAUCCAGGAUUGCAUUUUACAACCCCGCGAACGUUAAACAUUCAUCCGAAAUUUCUGUUGGUGCCCACUAACGAGUUUUUGUUGAUUUCAGAUGUACUUUGUAUCUUAGCAUUUGCAAAUAUAGAAAUUGACCCAUGUAAAGAUUCAUGAUUUUCACUUUGAGGUUUGUUGUGUGCCGUCCUUUCCAUGAAA